ACAAGCCCCAUUAUCGAUACAAGUGGUUUUCAGGGAGGAAGAAAGUUUCCUUCAUGACGUACAAGAUUCGCUAUAGUUUUCUUGUUCUUUAAAAAGCCAGAAUGCAUAAAUAUUUACUGUUUUACGUGUGUCUAACAACGAUUAUUACUGUAGCAGAGGAAGCAGACUGGAAAGGGCAGUGGUUUCCAAACUCACCGGAGACAUCUUCCGAAGAUGGCAACGCCGUUCAGCACGACGAACACGGUCGUAUUUUGAUGGGCGUGCAAAAUUCGGAUUGCGACGAUGCAAAGAAGAACCUGUCGAUCGAUUUCGAUCCGUACGACAUUCGCCACUCGACGGUGUACAUGUGUUUGGAUAACAGGCGUGACUAUCGAGGCGAUUACAAUAUGGAACCGCUGAUCACGCUGUACGACAUUCCAGACUUGUACGUGGCUAUUCACAAGUGCAUGAACACGAGCAUCGAGUACGACGAACGGAUUCCGACUUUUGGAACUCAUCGUCCGCUGUGGCCACGGUAUGGGGAGUAUAAGUAUGUCCCUCCGCAACGUUGGCUCCACAAUGGAGAGCAUGGUGCAAUUAUAGCUCUCUACCACCCAUGUGCAAAUAAGCACCAGAUUGAGGAGUUUAAGCACAUCGUCAAGAGUUGCCUGUACAGACAUAUCAUCACCCCAUCGGAUCUCCCGUCGAAGGAUCGCCCCUUUGCGCUAGUUUCCUGGGGCGCAUUGUUGGAAUUUUCUGUGCUACAGCGGGAAGUAGUGGAAGAUUUCAUUCGAGCGCAUGCCCUGAAAGGACCGGAGCAAACCUCCCGGGACGGUCAGUACGAUCACUUGCUGCUAGAACCAGCACGGGUUGUUUCCACCGUGGACGAUACAGUGCUGUGCCCCAAGCACAGACGAAGGGAUUGAGCGAAACAAGGCAACUGAGGUAUGGUGAUUUAUGUCUUAAUCAAUUAUGUUUACCUAUCACCGUCAGGGGGUGAAUGAAAUCCUUGAAAGCUCAACUUUGAUUAAACGAUCCUUUGGAUUAUUAAGCCUCGUUAUGCAAAACAUCGCCUGACGUUAAUGGGUAAAGGAAUUGAAGAAGACGUUAUUUCCCCUAUUACUACUACUACAGCUAAGGGUUGAUGCAUAUAUUAUAUCACGCUCUAAGGG